CGUGUGGACCAUGAGCGACAUCCGCCUCUCGCUGCUGCGGCGCGACGCCCUCAGCGCCGCCAAGGAGGUGCUCUACCACCUGGACGUCUUCUUCAGCAGCCAGCUGCAGAGCGCGCCGCUGCCCCUCGUGGACAAGGGCCCCGUCGAGCUGCUGGAGGAGUUCGUCUUCCAGGUGCCCAAGGAGCGCGGCUCCCCCGCCAAGAGACUGAAUUCAAUUCAGGAGCUUCAGCUGCUGGAGAUCUUGUGCAACUAUUUCCAGGAGCAGAGCAAGGACUCCGUCCGGCAGAUCAUUUUCUCCUCCCUCUUUGGCCCACAAGGGAACAAGGCCGAUGACUGCAGAAUGGCUUUGCUGGGCAAGCUUGUCUCGAUGGCGGUGGCCGUGUGUAGAGUGCCAGUCCUGGAAUGUGCGGCUUCGUGGCUGCAGCGAACCCCGACGGUCUACUGCGUGAGGCUGGCCCAGGCCCUGGUGGACGACUACUGCAGCUUGGUGCCGGGUUCCAUUCAGACCCUGAAGCAGGUGUUCAGCGCCAGCCCUCGCUUCUGCUGCCAGUUUAUCACAUCCGUCACCAUGCUUUAUGACAUGUCUUCAGAUGACCUCAUCCCCCCUCCAGACUUACUGGAGAUGGUUGUGUCUUGGAUCUUCGAAGACCCGCGCCUGAUCCUGAUCACCUUCCUAAACACGCCCAUCGCGGCCAGCCUGCCGAUAGGAUUUUUGGAACUCACCCCUCUCAGUGGCCUGAUCCGCUGGUGCGUGAAAGCCCCCCUGGUGUACAAACGGAGGAAGCCUGCCCUGGCGAACGGCCGCCUCAACGGCAAGCCAGCCAAGGGCUCUGCUCCAGCCUUGGACAAAGACUGCCAGCCCCUCUACUCCAAGCUGCACCUCAGCGUCCUGCAGGUCCUGAUGCUGCUGCAGGGCCACUUGACGGAGAAGAACCUCUACGGGCGCCUGGGGCUGGUGCCCUUUGACCACGUGGUGGUGUCUCUCGUGGACGAAAUCAGCAGGCUUUCCGAUGAACUCAAUCCGCUGAACGCCUCCCAAGAGGUGGAGCUGGCCCUGGACCGGCUGGCGCAGGCCCUGCAGGUGGCCAUGGCGGCUGGAGCCUUGCUCUGCACGAGAGAGGACCUCAGGACUGUUUGCUCCAGACUGCCGCACAACAACCUGCUCCAGCUGGUGAUCUCGGGCCCGGUCCAACAGCCCUCCCACGCUGCUCUGCCGCCGGGGUUUUAUCCCCCCAUCCAUACACCUCCGUUGGGGUAUCCGACGCAUGCGGCGCACCCUGCCAUCCCUGCACACCCGGCUCUUCCUGCCCACCCUGUACAAACUUUUAUACCAGGCAUGGCGUUUCCCUACCGGCCCAUCCGCUAG